CCGUGGUACUGUAGCGGUCGCUAUGGCAACGUUGUUUAUUGUAAAGCUGCGUUUGUGCGUUUUGCGUUUCAGUGGAAGCACCUCCAUCACCGUCACGGGCACCAACCUGCUCACCAUUCAGGAGCCCAAAGUGCGAGCCAAGUACGGAGGGGUGGAGACCACCAACGUGUGCAGCGUAGUGAACGAGUCUGUCAUGACGUGUCUGGCCCCGGGCAUCGUGCACGCCAAGCGGCAGGUGCCUGAGUCUGGCGUGCACCCGGACGAGUUCGGCUUCGUCCUGGAUCACGUGACCGCCUUGCUCAUCCUCAACGGGACGCCCUUCACCUACUACCCCAACCCCACCUUCGAUUCGCUGGGGAACUCUGGGAUACUGGAGGUCAAGCCGGGCUCGCCCAUCAUCCUGAAAGGAAAGAACCUCAUCCCUCCCGCCCCUGGGAACGCCCGUCUCAAUUACAGCGUUAUGAUUGGAGAAACCCCCUGUCUGUUAACCGUCUCCGAGUCGCAGCUGCUCUGCGACUCCCCCGACCUCACCGGGGAGCAGCGGGUCCUGAUUUUGGUGGGGGGGCUGGAGUACUCCCCGGGCACCCUGCACAUCUACUCGGACAGUGCGCUGACGCUGCCCGCCAUCAUCGGCAUCGGGGCGGGGGGCGGGGUCCUGCUGAUCGCCAUCAUCGCCGUGCUCAUCGCCUACAAGCGCAAGACGCGCGACGCGGACCGCACCCUCAAGCGCCUGCAGCUGCAGAUGGACAACCUGGAGUCCCGGGUCGCGCUGGAGUGCAAGGAGGCGUUCGCCGAGCUGCAGACGGACAUCCAGGAGCUGACCAACGACAUGGACGGCGUGAAGAUCCCCUUCCUGGAGUACCGCACCUACACCAUGAGGGUCAUGUUCCCCGGCAUCGAGGAGCACCCCAUCCUCAAAGAGCUGGACUCUCCCGCCAACGUGGAGAAGGCCCUGCGUCUCUUCAGCCAGCUGCUGCACAACAAGAUGUUCCUGCUCACCUUCAUCCACACGCUGGAGGCGCAGCGCUCCUUCUCCAUGCGCGACCGCGGCAACGUGGCCUCCCUCCUGAUGGCGGCGCUGCAGGGGCGCAUGGAGUACGCCACCGUGGUGCUCAAGCAGCUGCUGGCCGACCUCAUCGAGAAGAACCUGGAGAACCGCAACCACCCCAAGCUGCUGCUCCGGAGAACCGAGUCUGUAGCGGAGAAGAUGCUCACAAACUGGUUUACUUUCCUGCUGCAUCGAUUCCUCAAGGAGUGUGCAGGGGAGCCUCUCUUCAUGCUGUACUGUGCCAUUAAGCAGCAGAUGGAGAAGGGCCCCAUCGACGCCAUCACUGGAGAGGCCCGCUACUCCCUGAGCGAGGACAAGCUCAUCCGCCAGCAGAUCGACUACAAACAGCUGACGCUCAUGUGCAUUCCCCCGGAGGGCGAGGCGGGCACGGAGGUCCCGGUGAAGGUGCUGAACUGCGACACGGUGACGCAGGUGAAGGACAAGCUGCUGGACGCCGUGUACAAGGGCAUCCCCUUCUCCCAGAGGUCUCAGGCCGAGGACAUGGACCUGGAAUGGCGACAGGGACGUCUGACCCGGAUCAUCCUCCAGGAUGAAGACGUCACCACCAAGAUAGAGAGCGACUGGAAGAGGCUGAACACCCUGGCACACUACCAGGUAACGGACGGCUCCCUGGUGGCCCUGGUCCAGAAGCAGGUCUCGGCCUACAACAUCGCCAACUCCUUCACCUUCACCCGCUCCCUCAGCCGCUACGAGAGCCUCCUGAGGACGUCCAGCAGCCCGGACAGCCUGCGAUCCCGUGCCCCCAUGAUCACGCCCGACCAGGAGACGGGCACCAAGCUCUGGCACCUGGUCAAGAACCACGAGCACGCCGACCAGCGCGAGGGCGACCGCGGCAGCAAGAUGGUGUCCGAGAUCUACCUGACCCGCCUGCUGGCCACCAAGGGCACGCUGCAGAAGUUCGUGGACGACCUGUUCGAGACGGUCUUCAGCACGGCCCACCGGGGCAGCGCCCUGCCGCUCGCCAUCAAGUACAUGUUCGACUUCCUGGACGAGCAGGCGGACCGCCGGCAGAUCAGCGACCCCGACGUGCGGCACACCUGGAAGAGCAACUGCCUCCCGCUGAGGUUCUGGGUGAACGUGAUCAAGAACCCGCAGUUCGUCUUCGACAUCCACAAGAGCAGCAUCACGGACGCCUGCCUGUCGGUGGUGGCCCAGACCUUCAUGGACUCCUGCUCCACCUCCGAGCACCGGCUGGGCAAGGACUCGCCCUCCAACAAGCUGCUCUACGCCAAGGACAUCCCCAACUACAAGAGCUGGGUGGAGAGGUAUUACAGAGACAUCAGCAAGAUGCCCAGCAUCAGCGACCAGGAUAUGGAUGCCUAUCUGGUGGAGCAGUCCCGUCUCCAUGCCAACGAAUUCAACCCACUCAGUGCCCUCAGCGAGCUCUACUUCUACAUCAGCAAGUACAAAGAGGAGAUCCUGACGGCGCUGGACAGGGACGGAUACUGCCGCAAACACAAACUGCGACACAAACUGGAACAAGCCAUUAACCUGAUGUCAGGCAGCAGCUGAGGAGAGGGGCCGGGGGGG